UACCACGACGAACUUACACCAUUACCAUUAUAGACGAUCAAGGUCAGUGUGAUGAUUUACUCCAGUUGACCAACGGGAACAUCGCAUAUGAUUUUGUUGGUUUCCCUCGGAGGCCGUAUGGGUCUGUCGCCACACACACGUGUAACCAAGGUUACUAUCUCUCUGGAGAUGAAACAAGGACGUGUAACAACACUGAAUGGUUGGGAAAAACGCCAACAUGUCUGGAAGUAAAGACUUUACUGUAAUGGAACUGUUGCAACGCGGAACAACCAAUACUAGGAUAUGCUUGAAUGGGGAUUGGACAGACUUAAGUCUUUACUGUAGGUUUCAAUAUUAGAAGAUAACAAGCCUUUUGCUUUAAUCUACCUGAAAUUGCCGAUCGUAAUUUGGAGUAUGAUACAAAAGAAGAUCCGUUUAUUGGUACUAGACCAAAUGGAACUGUUGCAACGUUCACUUGUAUGGAUGGAUUCAUCCUGGAUGGAACAACCAAUACUAGGAUAUGCUUGAAUGGGGGUUGGACAGGCACUGAACGUGUGUGCUUAAAAGCCUUUUGCUCUGACCUACCUCAAGUUGUCAACGGUGAUAUCAUGUACAAUCUUACGGAAGAUCUGUUGAAUGCCACUAAUUUAAAACAGAAUGGAACUGUUGCAACGUACAUUUGUCCCAGUAGAUUCAGACUGGAUGGAAAUGCCACUAGGACAUGCUUCAAUGGGGAUUGGACAGCCACUGCACCUGUGUGCAUAGCAACGUUUUGCUCUAACCUGUCUCAAAUUGACCAUGGUGAUUUGGUGUAUGACAAUGGUGGCAUCAUUGGUUUCACGUUGAAUGACACUAAACCCAAUGGAACUGUUGCAAGCUACUCGUGUAGCAGUGGAUUCAGCAUUAAUACACCUGACAGCACUAGGAUAUGCUUCGAUGGGGAUUGGACGGGCACUGAACCUGCGUGCAUAUCAAACUUGGCCAUUGACAAUAAUACGUUAGCAACCUUCACAUCUGUCGGAGUUGUGGGUGCUCUUGUUCUACUGGUGAUAACUGUUGGUCCCUGCAUAUGUGCUUGUAUAUAUGCAAGGUUGAGACGAAACAAAGCAGAGAGGCUAAGAGUGUCUACUAUAAGAAUGAGGAAGCUGUCUGAUCGAAGCAAUCUUAUGGAUUAUCAAAUGCGAGAGAUUGUGAAGUAUGUUCCAGAAUCAAUGAGAAUUCCCAGCUCUAAUCUGAAACUGCAAGAUCCAGUCGGUCAAGGAGCCUUUGGGAUUGUGUACAAAGGACUGCUAAUGGACUGGAACAACGUUGCCAUUAGGGGCGUGGCUUUGAAGACUCUGAAAGGUCUGUUCAGUCCGAGUGACGUACAGAGCAUGGUGAGUGAGAUCACUAAGAUGCAAGAAUUCCACCACCCUCACGUCAUGCCCCUGAUUGGGGUGUGUCUCGACGCUGGACCUGGUGUUUCCAUGGUGAUGCCGUAUAUGACUAAUGGGAGUCUACUAGACUACUUGAAGAAAGAGAGAUCUGCCCUAGAGUUGGCAGAGGGAGAGGAUUCUGAGAAGGUGUUAGCUGUGAGGAAGCUGCUGUUGAAGAUGUGUCAUCAAAUAGCUCUUGGAAUGGCGUAUCUUGCUCGGCACAAGUUCGUCCAUCGAGACCUGGCUGCCAGGAACUGCAUGUUGGAUUCAAAUGGUGACCUCAAAGUUGGUGAUUUUGGUCUAGCUGAAGAUGUGUAUGGCUAUGGAUAUUUCAGGCAAGGUGAUUUGGAGGGAGUCAAACUGCCGUACAAAUGGAUGGCAGUAGAGAGUCUAAACGAUGCUAUCUUCAACGAGAAGACCGACGUGUGGUCAUAUGGUGUGACAGUGUGGGAGGUCUUCAGUAGUGGCCGGACCCCCUACCCUGGAGUGGACCCAAUGUCCCUAGUGGCUCUACUCAGAGAGGGAAAGAGAUUAGAACCUCCCCAGAAUACUUCCUGCUCCACAGAGAUGUUCUCGCUGAUGACCAGCUGUUGGUACGAGGAUUCUGACGAGAGGCCAUCCUUCGAUGAGCUAGCAGCCGAGUUGGAGAAAGUUCUGAGCACCAUAGUGGGCUACGUGGAACUGAACAUGGAGCUAGUCCCCAUCACUGAGGAUGAACACAAGUAUGAUCACGUCCACUCGGCCAAAGAACAAAAAAAACUUGCUGAGACCGUUGCUGAGGAUGUUGCUAUGGAAGAAAAUGCUGCAUACAGGAUAAGUGCUGAAGAUCAGUUACAAGCUGAACAAGUAGCCACGGAAACCAAUUUCGCUUAUGGACUGAGAAAUGAAAUACAAGUUACUGAUCAUUUCAACAGUGACCCGCCAAAGCACAACCAUGAAGGUUACAGUGACUAUCGAGACCCCACUGGAUAUGCUAAAAUACUGCACAGACGAUCUUCACACGAAACUUCUGUUUAUAAAACUUUUAAAUUGAAACGAACAAGUAUAUAAUUUGCACCGUUUUGUUGUAUUUUU